AUGUUGCCCAGAAAUCAGACGGGCAGCAAAAUUUUGGCAGAACUAGGCGCUAUCUCAACCGAUAAGCCAACGAUGAAAGAAGCAAUUUCAACAAUUGAAGAUGAAAACGAAAGUGACGAGGGCAAAGACGAAACUCCCAACUGCAAAUUCUCGGCCUGUGGAGAUCCCAUGCAUAACCUAACAGCAUGUGAAGGUAUUGCCACCCCAGCCCUGAUACAGGUCACGAGGCCUAAGGCAACUGCUCGGAAGAUUGUCGGCAAAAGACAUUUACAACAACAGGACCUCAGCUGCACCGAUAUGGAGGAAACAAAGCUGGACCUCUAUUGUGUUCGAACUGAAAACCUUAAUGUGGAUUUACUUCAGUAUCAGCAUCCAAUUUCCACAUCAACUUCUCCACAAGAUCGUGCUCUCCACUGUACCACCUCUAGCAUGGGCCAUAUUUUCACCUUCAGUGGUGGUUCUUCCUCAUCUAACAGCAAAAGGCUCUGA